UUUUUAGCUACCAUGAACUCUAACGCUCUAUUUCUGAAGACGACGUUCAAACCCGGUAAAUUCAUCACGGCACAAUUAAGAAAUUUUUCUGCUUCUGCGUCUUCUAUUUCUAACGGAGAAGUUCUGAUUGAUCGGAUUAAACAAAAAUUGGUGAUUACAUUAAAUCGUCCAAAGGCUUUGAACGCAGUUAAUUUGCCAAUGAUAAAGAAAAUUUACGAGGCAUUGCAGGAGCCUUCUGAUCUUGUUAUUAUUAAAGGUCAAGGAUUAAAGGCAUUUUGUGCGGGUGGUGAUGUUGUUGUUUCAAAAUCUUAUCAAUCUGGUGAUAAAACUGAACGGAUAUACGACCAAUUUUUUAGACACGAAUAUCGAUUAAAUCAUCUUAUCGGUACACUAAAGAAGCCGUACAUUGCAUUAAUUAAUGGAAUUACUAUGGGUGGGGGCUGUGGUCUUUCAAUAAAUGGCCCUUUUCGUGUGGCUACAGAACGAACAGUACUGGCUAUGCCCGAGACGGCUCUUGGAUUAUUUCCUGAUGUUGGGGCAACACAUUUUCUUCCAAGGCUUCCUGGGCAUCUUGGAAUGUUUUUGGGGUUGACUGGAUAUCGCCUUUACGGAUCUGAUGUUUUUCAUUCUGGACUUGCUACUCAUUAUGUUGAAUCUUGCGACAUUACUCGUCUUAGCACCGAUCUAAUUUCUUUACCCGCUGACCAAUGCACAAAUUACAAUGUUAAUUCAAUUAUAAAAAAAUUCCAACCUCAAAAUAUCGCUUCUUUUUCUUUGGAUCCUUAUUUGGAUUUAAUUGAUGAAUGUUUUGAUGCUAAUAGUGUUGAAGAAAUUAUGGAAAAGUUGAAUAAAAAAGUUUUAAAAAAAGAAGAGGGAAGUGAUUUUGCUUUAGAACAAUUAGAAGCUCUUGAAAAAAUGGUCUUUCCCAUCGAAUUUCGACUUUCCCAGCGUUUUAUUUUUGACCAUGAUUUCCAUGAGGGAUGUCGAGCUAUUUUAAUUGACAAGGAUAAAAAUCCAAAAUGGCAACCCUCAACACUUAAAGAAGUUAGUGAAUCAAAAAUUGAAUAUUAUUUUUCAAAAUUUGAUGAAGUUGGAAAGGAACUAAUUGUUUAG